AUGGACUUAAAUUCAGAAAUUGCUGCGAAAUUCGAAUGCAUCAUCUGCAUUUGUUAUAUGCGACCGCCCAUAAGGAUGUGUGCAACCGGCCACAACUUGUGCGACUCCUGCUUUCACAUUGUAAAGAAGUGCCCUUUGUGUAAGGGCCACAAAGUGUUCACAAGGAACUUUCCCCUGGAAGCCAUUCACGAUAAAUUAACAUUUAGAUGUAAUUUUAACGAUCUCGGAUGUGACGUUCAACAAUUAGGAGCCAAAAUAGUAUUGCACGAGAAAAGCUGCAGCUUCCGACCAGCAAGUGUCGAGACAGGAUGCCCUUUUGGUCCCGAGUGUGAAUGGGUCGGGAACAGAUACAGCCUCAGCGAUCAUCUGCUGCACACUGAAUCCCACACAGUGAAACAACUUGAUGUUGCGGAACUUCAAUAUCUAGAUAAUUGGACAGACAACAACAACAACAUUUGGAAAUACGUGUACACAGCCUUUGGGAAUUACUUCAUUCUUGUAAUUGAGAAGUCGAUUGCAAGUGUAGGAGUGGAUGUGGUGUCGUUCUUCGAUUCCAAACUUGAUUACACUUUUAAAAUCGAUAUAUUAAGUUGCACCAAUUUGAAAAUUAUGGGAGCCGUUGGCAAAUGCAUCACCUUUCGGGAAUUUACAACUAAUCAUGCGUCAAAUAAUGCCGUUGGAUUCCCAAUUCACAUUUUAGAUCAGCAGGCUGCCUGCAACUAUUCUCUAGUUUAUAAGUUUGAUAUAUAUCAAAACGAAAGAUUUUUCCAAGGUGGAAUGUAUUAA